UGUGUUGUAGGUCUAAAUGUUAAGCAGUAGGUGGAGCCACAUUCACUGCCUUUAUAUUCCAGCAAGAAUGUUGCAGUGAGAAAAAACAUAAUUUGAAAAGGCUUGAGAGAAAAACCUGCCUCUUAUAAGAACAUGAUCGCAGGCACCUCAUGUGUGAGAGACUCCAGUGCUCCUCAAGCUACAGUGGAAUAAAUCACACAGGGUAAGAUCUCCACUCACUUCACACACACAAUCAGGACUUUGGGGAAGAGGGGGACAAUCCUGUUUGAUAAGGUCACAAUGUUGGGGAUCUGCUUGUGUUUAAGUGUCGCCGUCCACUUCGCCGUGUCUCAGGAAACCGAAGCUCAGGAUCCUGUCAUAUACACGUGCACUGAAGGUUAUGAAUUUGACCAUGAAAAACAAAGCUGUAAAGAUGUAGAUGAGUGCAAGACACUGCUGGAAGCCUGCAAAGGGGGCAUGAAAUGCGUCAACCAUUUUGGUGGCUACCUCUGCCUUCCCCACAACGCUCGGAUAAUCAUCAGUAACGGCGAGGAUGAGCCCACUACCCCCCCGCCAGUGGAAAGAGUAGAUGUUCAGCCCGGCUUACCCCCCGUCUCCAGGGGAGAUUACUCAAGAGUCAUUCAUAGCUCAACACAUACACUCCAGUGUGGCGUGGGGUUCAUGCCGGAUUCUCAGAACUACUGCAGAGAUGUGAAUGAAUGUCUAACCGCAAACCCCUGCCAACAUCAGUGCUACAAUCUGAUUGGCUCUUUCAUCUGCCAAUGUGAAGUCGGAUAUGAACUGGCUUCAGACUCAGUCUCCUGCCAAGAUAUCAAUGAGUGUGAAUUCUCAAACUACAUCUGCCAGUUCCAGUGUGUGAAUCAGCCCGGCGGAUACCAGUGUGUGUGUCCUGAUGGAUACCAGCUCCAAGGGACGCGGAUGUGCCAAGAUAUAAAUGAGUGUGAAACAGCACACAACUGCAGAGAAGAUGAAAUGUGUUGGAAUUACUAUGGAGGGUUCCGUUGCUAUCCAAGAAACCCCUGCCGUGAGCCAUACGUCAAAACAGGCGAAGGACGCUGCAGGUGCCAGUCACCAAAUGUUUGCCGAGGACUGCCGCCUGUCAUUGUCUACAAGUACAUGAGCAUCUUUUCUGAUCGCUCAGUGCCUGCGGAUAUCUUCCAGAUUCAAGCUACCAGUGUCUACCCCAACAUGGUAAACACCUUCACCAUUAAAUCUGGCAAUGAGGGAGGAGAAUUCUACCUGAGGCGCUCCAGUAAUGUAAGUGCCAUGUUGGUGAUGACCAAACCUUUGUCUGGACCUAGAGAACAUGUUGUGGACCUGGAGAUGGUCACCCAGAGUAAUGUCUUGAGUUACCGUUCCAGCUCACUGUUGAGACUCACCAUUAUUGUGGGUCCAUACCCUUUCUAAAUCAUCUAGAUUGACUGAAUCAGCACCUUGGUUUAAUGUGUGUAAUGCAGCUUACUAUGUUUAAAAUGUUCAACACAGCAUGGCUACCUGGUUGUGGUCUAGAUCAGUGGUUCUUAACUGGUUGGUUGAGACCCAAAAAUGUGUCAGGAACCAGUUCUAAAUCAACCAAUAGAUAUUAAUGUUUGAUUUUAAAGUUUUAUGCGAGCUCACAUUUGUAUGAUGAAUCUUUUGUAUAAUACAUUUUGAUACUGUGUUGGGUUGCCAUUUAAUGUCCGUUGUAAAAUGUAAGUCUUGAAACAAAACUGGCUAAGAACCACUGGUCUAGAUAGUUGCAUAUUCACUGGGUUUCAAACAGGAAUUGGUUUAUUAAUCAUAAAAUGUAGGUUGUCUGGUUUACUGAAGUUUUCAAGUAACUUGUACUUUGGAAAAUGAAAGACAAGGUCAGAGAGGGUGACAUGAAGACCAAGAAAUAUCUGAAAAACAACACAGCUGGAUACCAGAAGGAAACACAGUCGCUCAAGUUUCAUUCUGAAAAGCACUUACAGGUUAUUCUUUGUCUUGGUAGCAAGAGGUUUGCAAGAUUCUGCUGCAUGUCAGACUUUUAAAUGGAUAGUUCAUCCAAAAAGUGGGUCCAUCAUUAUUUACCUAUCGUAUGUUCUUGUAAACUCAUAUGACUUUCUUUCUGCAAAACACAUAAAGUGAAGUUUAACAAAAUGUCAUGUUGCUCGUUUCCAUACAAUAACCAUCAAUGGAGGACAAAAACUCUGUGGAGCUCCAAAAAUUACAAAACACCAUAAAAAUAGUCCAUACGACUCUACGUCUAUAUUGUGAAUCUUCCCAACAGACCAAAAAGUUAUUCACUGAAAAUACUCCCUUCUAUCACAACGCUCGAAUCUUUCACAUGUCUUCAAAUUGGUGCCACAAUUGGUUACGACUAAUUCAAUGACCGCCUACCAAAAAUUUUGGUCUGUUAGAGACCAAUUACGAAGAACACGGUUUUACAGGAAGUGCAAUAGGAAAAAUGCAAGGUCUCGAGAAAGUUGACUGUCUUUUCACUUGUGCACUUUUUUUUUUUUUUUCCACAGUGCACAAGACGUUGCAAAAUACACAAGCACUGGUCAAAGAUGUCUGUUUCACACAUGUUUGCAUAGAAAACCAAUGGAAAAUCAGCACACUGGAAUUCAAAAACACAUUCUGUAUGAACAUUGCGUGGCUUCAAAAAAUUACUUUAAUCAUGCUUUUUUGGCUAUUUUCCUCAUUCGUCAUAUCGUCCUCAUUCCCUCUCACUGUAUGGAAAAUUGCAGCAUGAACGUUCUGCUAAACGUCUUCUUUUUAGGUCCUCAGAAGAAAGUAACCAUAUGAAUUUGGAACGACAUGAAGAUGUGUAAAUGAUGGCAGAGUUUAAAUUUUUGAACAAACAAACCUUUUAAUCUGUCAGUAAAUCAAAGCUUUACAUUUCCCACACAUGGAUUGUGUAGAAACAGAAUGUAAUUAUCAAAAAGUGCUUAUAGAUUCGUUACUAGAUUUUACUUCUUAGCAGGGGAAAAGUGUUUUAUAGGUGGAACAUGUGGAUAAAGCAAACAGAACUGCAUAGAGUUAGGUGGAACAGUUUGUGUCGUAAUCUAAUGGCAUCCUUAGCUAAUGGAAAUCUCUGAAUGCUUCCUCCGCCUUGCAAAUACUGCAGAAAUGACCUCCUAUCCUAUGAGAAUAAGGCAAUAAUGUUUUGGAAACAGAAGUGAUGUUUUCAGGAAAUUGCUGGCAAGGGUUUUGGGUCGCAUAAGCAAUGGAACUCUUGCCUAACAUGUCUGUAUGGUUGCCAGAGCAGCGUUUGAUCUUCUGCAGUGUUUCGUGUCGAUGGUCUGUGACAAACACUGUUACUUAAACCGUUGCGUCACACCCGGCGCCCCCAGAGAUGUGGUCGUGGGUGAGGCCGGAAUGGUUCGCGCACCACCACGUUGUAUGAAAUUAUUUUGGCAAGCAAUCUCUAUGUUGGCUGCUUCGAGAUCUGACUUAGUAUUUUAAUGCAAUGCUUGCAAAUCAAUCUGUACGUUGUCAUUAUCUGUUCUCUUAUGAUCAAACACUUUGAUUGAUCACAGUGAAUUUGUGAAUGCUCCCUGUUUUUUCUCUUAUUGAGAUCAUUUUUGCUCAUAUCUAAUUUGAUGUGGUCCGGUUGUUUCUGCUCAGUGAGGACAACAGUCCUGUAUUUGUUUAACAAACUAAAAUUAAUUGGAUUUGCACCAUUCGUUCAGAAAUUUUCUGUAUUUUCAUUCUGCUCUCAAGUUGCACUUUUUUUUUUUUUUUUUUUA